CAGGCGUACGAUCAGCAUCUGAACAUGAUUCUCGGAGAAGUCGAAGAGACCAUCACGUCCGUUGAGAUUGAUGACGAGACCCUUGAAGAAAUGAUUAGAACAACGAAACGACAAGUACCCCUUUUGUUCAUUAGGGGCGAUGGUGUAAUCCUGGUGUCACCCCCUGCUCGGGCAGGAUGGUAGAUCUUCUGCCGUUAACAGUAACUUGCGUAGAUAUACAUUCUGCUAUGUGGACAGUAUACAAGUCUUUGACACAGAUACUGCCGUGAUAGUGAAUAGCCUAUCAAUAAGAAUUGGUAGCUUGUGGGAUAUUUGGAGCUACAUCUGUGCUGAGAGUGCGAAUCUAUAGUAUCAACAGGAAAGUUGAAUGGGUCACGCCGGUGUGCAGUAGUGUACCGAGGCGGAACUAUAAAAAAUGCAUUUGCAUUUGGUUGUUCUUCAUCUGUGUAUCAUCUUGACUUCGACUCCAAAAGGUGUCAAUAUAGAAUAUCGACGGAUAGUACAGAGCUUUACCAGAGCACAGCGCUACCAAAUAUAUCAAAUGAAAAGAUCAUAUUGAUAAUUUUGUGCUCAACUACAAUAUAUAGGUUUGAUUUGGCGGAAGUUAUCGGAGCCUCUUGCCCCAAUUUUUGAGUAUAAUUGAUGGCUUAAAAAUCUCUUUUGAUUAAAUCAGGGUUGAUAUCGUCUUAAAUAUAUAUAUAUAUAUAUAUGUGUGUGUGUGUGUGUGUAAUAAUAAAUAAUAUAUAUAUAUAUAUAUGAGUGUGUGUGUGUGUA